AUGUGCAAAGGAUCUGUUACAGCAAACACAGUACGCCACACAAGGCCAGCAUCCCCGCCGACGAGGUUCAAAUCCAAGCCUACAGCGUUCUCCGCUCGCCGUCUAACCCCGUCCACAUUCCUGAUUGUCGAGGUCGACGACGUCUACGAUGAGCACCCCUUCAUCUACGCCAAACUCGUCUCCGCGGCCAACACGAUCCUGCUCCUCGACACCGGCUGUGGCGGGAAGUCGAACGACCCAGAAGUCGGAGUGACGAGCCUGCGCGAAUUCGUCGAGACCGUGCCGAUCGACGACAACGGCGGGGAGCCGCUGAACCCUGGGGGAAGGAUGCACUACGUCGUCGUACUGAGCCACUGCCAUUACGACCACAUCCUGGGAGUGGAGCAGUUUGCGCACGACUCGCCUGUCCUCGUGUCCGGCAACGAUCCCUUAUUCCUCGCGCCAGACAAGCUCCCCACGCAUUCCCUCUGCGAUAACCUCGGCAUCCGCACACCUGUUUACCGUCCCUCGUUCCGACCUCAUCUCGAUCAGAUACUCUCCAACGACGAGAAGCCUUUGGGAGUGACGCUCCUGCACACGCCCGGUCACGUCCCCGACGAGCUUGGGCUGUGGGAUGAGGAGGAAGCGAUGCUCUACGUUGGAGACACGCUGUACGAGUGGGCGCCGAUCAUCUUCCCCAACGAAGGUAGUAUCGUCGAAUGGUUCAAGACGAUCGACGAUCUGACAACAUUCGUUGAGACGUCCGGGAAGAGCGAUAAGGCCAAGGUGAACUGCGGGCAUAAGACGGCAGAAGGCCCUGCGUUGGAGGUCCUGCAGACGACGAGAGCAUUCAUGAUGGAUGUGAUCGAGGGUCGGGAGGAGGUGAAGAGCAGGACGACAAAGAGAGGAGAAGAGCACGUCGAGUACGUGCAAGCAGGAGGGAGGUAUAGCUUGAUAUGUCCGACGCGCCUUGUACGAGAAGCUAAGUAUGCAUUGAGUGCUUGA